CUCUUCUUCCUCUCAGGAUCUCGAAGGAAGGCGGAGUCCCAAGAUGGCGGCGGCGCUGUCCGGAGGAGCGGGAGGAGGGCUGGUUUUGGCCGCUGGGUUGUUCCGCAGCCGGGUGGCCAUCGUGACCGGCGGGGGCACCGGCAUCGGCAAGGCCAUCACCGCCGAUCUCUUGCAACUCGGUUGCAAUGUAGUCAUAGCCUCUCGGAAACUUGACAGAUUAAAAGCUGCGGCAAAAGAGCUAGCUGCCAAAAUUCCAUCCUCAAAUCCUGCUCAGGUGACCCCUGUACAGUGCAACAUUCGCAAAGAAGAAGAGGUAGAAGAACUGGUGAAAUCAACAUUGGAUCUUCAUGGCAGAAUAGAUUUCUUGGUCAACAAUGGAGGAGGCCAAUUUCCUAGCCCAUUAGAAGCAAUCAGUUCAAAAGGAUGGCAUGCUGUGAUAGAAACCAACUUGACUGGGACCUUUUACUGCUGUAAAGCUGUGUACAAUGCUUGGAUGCGAGACCAUGGAGGUGCAAUUGUCAACAUUGUGGCUGACAUGUGGAAAGGGAUGCCUGGCAUGUCGCACAGUGGUGCAGCAAGAGCUGCAGUUGAUAACCUGACCAAAAGUUUAGCCAUCGAGUGGGCCUCUAGUGGAGUGAGAAUUAAUGCAGUUGCUCCGGGAGUGAUAUUUUCAGAAACUGCUGUUGCAAAUUACAACAGUGGUGAAGAAAUGUUUAAACAGUGCAUUGAAAAGAUUCCUGCAAAGAGAUUAGGACUUCCUGAAGAGGUAUCUCCCUUGGUGUGUUUCCUGCUCUCUCCGGCGGCCUCCUUUAUAACUGGUGAAACAGUGAAGAUUGAUGGUGGACAGAGCUUAUAUGGUUCUCCUUGGGAAGUUCCAGAUCAUAACAGGUGGUCACCUGCUCCAGAUGGAGACAAUUGGAAAGCAUUAAAAAAGAUGCUUUCAGGAAAAUCUCUGUCAAAGCUAUAAAUCAAUGAAUUGGGAUUAGUACCUUUCCAUUAUUGUCAGUAGAUAGUUUCUGCCUUUCUAUAAUUUAUUGCAGUUUUCUUCAGGAACACUAGCUCAUUGGGAUACCAAUCUGUACUUUUAUAAUACACACACACACACACACAUGCACACACACACAAAAUAAAUGCCUUGUAGAAACUCUGUCUCAGGAAAAUCAUCCAAGGAGCCACCAUUUGUUAACGUGCUGUUAACUUGCUUUGAUCUGAAAAUGCAGAUGUGUCUUAUAAUCUUUCUGUUUGCAAUUUGAACUCUAAACUCUUCCUGCUGCAACAACAAAGUUGUUUAUAGUAUGUUUUAUUGGCAAGGAAUUAAAGAGAAUAAGGUCAAAGGUC